AUGUCUACCAGUCCGUCUCCUUCCGCCAGCGGCGACACCAAGAGCGAUCAGAUUCACUUCCGUUUCUGUCGCGAAUGCUCGAACUUGCUUUACCCGAAAGAAGACCGUGUCAACAACCGCCUGAUGUUUACGUGCCGAACAUGCCACGUCGGAGAACCGGCUACCUCGUACUGCGUCUAUCAACACAAGCUGAACAGUCAAGUGGGAGACACUGCGGGUGUGACUCAGGAUGUGGGAUCUGAUCCUACGCUUCCACGAUCCAACAAGCUCUGCCCGAGCUGCGGUGAGACCGAAGCGGUAUUUUUCCAGUCUCAGCAGCGAUCUGCUGAAACGGGGAUGAAACUCUACUACGUCUGCUGCGCUUGUGGUAACGUCUUCAUGUGA